AUGAGUUUGACACUAACUACUGCCCCUGGGGGCCUGGAAGCGAUCCCCCUCUUUGUCCUCGAUAGAGCUGUGAUCAACGCUCUGGAGGGGCAGACAGUACUAUCCGCAGAGCCAAGUGGUAAUUCUGUCUGGGCAUCCACGGCGAAGAUCACGACGAAGAAUAGUAGCGGGACGAUACGUGCUUAUUUUGUGAAGAUUGUCAGGGGUGAACUCGCAGGCCCGCGCGUGUUGGGAGAGUUCUUGUCUAUGUCUGAAUUAUACAACACUAUGCCUUCCAUUGCCCCUGUGCCAAGGGGAUACGGAAAGUGCCUGGAUUCUGACGGCCACUUCUUCAUCUGCGAUUAUCUGGAGAUUGAUCACAGUAUGCCUAACGAAGCGAAGCUGACGGAAAGUAUUUCAGAGCUUCACCGUACCAGUGCAUCUCCUACGGGCCAGUUUGGCUUCCACGUCACUACUUAUGACGGUAAACUCCCGCUGGUGACAAAAUGGGAUAGCAACUGGGUCUCCUUUUACGGCAAGCUCCUAGAAGGAGUGUACAAUCUCGACAUGCAGGCAAACGGGCACUGGACAAGACGACGAUGCCAUGAAACUGGUUUUAGAUAA